AACUUCCUCCGCUGCCAGAACAACAAGACCAACUACAACCUGGUGUGCGAGACGCUGCAGUUCCUGGACUGCAUCUGCGGCAGCACCACGGGCGGCCUGGGGCUGCUCGGCCUCUACAUCAACGAGAAGAACGUGGCGCUCAUCAACCAGACGCUGGAGAGCCUGACCGAGUACUGCCAGGGGCCCUGCCACGAGAACCAGAACUGCAUCGCCACCCACGAGUCCAACGGCAUCGACAUCAUCACGGCCCUGAUCCUGAACGACAUCAACCCGCUGGGGAAGAAGCGGAUGGACCUGGUGCUGGAGCUGAAGAACAACGCCUCCAAGCUGCUGCUGGCCAUCAUGGAGAGCAGGCACGACAGCGAGAACGCCGAGCGCAUCCUCUACAACAUGCGGCCCAAGGAGCUGGUGGAGGUGAUCAAGAAGGCCUACCUGCAGGGGGAGGGGGAGGAGGAGCCGGAGGAGGGCGAGAACGAGGAGAACGGCGAGGACGGAGCGGCCUCCCCCCGGAACGUGGGCCACAACAUCUACAUAUUAGCUCAUCAGCUGGCGCGGCACAACAAGGAGCUGCAGAGCAUGCUGAAGCCCGGGGGCCAGGUGGACGGGGACGAGGCCCUGGAGUUCUACGCCAAGCACACGGCCCAGAUCGAGAUCGUCCGGCUGGACCGCACCAUGGAGCAGAUCGUCUUCCCGGUGCCCAGCAUCUGCGAGUUCCUCACCAAGGAGUCCAAGCUGCGCAUCUACUACACCACCGAGCGCGACGAGCAGGGCAGCAAGAUCAACGACUUCUUCCUGCGCUCGGAGGACCUCUUCAACGAGAUGAACUGGCAGAAGAAGCUGCGAGCCCAGCCCGUGCUGUACUGGUGCGCCCGCAACAUGUCCUUCUGGAGCAGCAUCUCCUUCAACCUGGCCGUGCUCAUGAACCUGCUGGUGGCCUUCUUCUACCCGUUCCGCGGCGCCCGGGGAGGGACGCUGGAGCCGCACUGGUCGGGGCUGCUGUGGACGGCCAUGCUCGUCUCGCUGGCCAUCGUCAUCGCGCUCCCCAAGCCCCACGGCAUCCGGGCGCUGAUCGCGUCCACGAUCCUGCGGCUCAUCUUCUCCGUGGGGCUGCAGCCCACGCUGUUCCUCCUGGGCGCUUUCAACGUCUGCAACAAGAUCAUCUUCCUGAUGAGCUUCGUGGGCAACUGCGGCACGUUCACACGGGGCUACCGCGCCAUGGUGCUGGACGUGGAGUUCCUCUACCACCUGCUCUACCUGCUCAUCUGCGCCCUCGGGCUCUUCGUGCACGAGUUCUUCUACAGCCUGCUGCUCUUUGACCUGGUGUACAGAGAGGAGACCCUGCUCAACGUCAUCAAGAGCGUCACCCGCAACGGGCGCUCCAUCAUCCUGACGGCGGUGCUGGCGCUCAUCCUGGUCUACCUCUUCUCCAUCGUGGGCUACCUCUUCUUCAAGGCCGACUUCCUGCUGGAGGUGGACCCGCUGCCCAACGACACCGCCCUCCCAGAGGCCGGCGAGAGCUUGGCCAGCGAGUUCCUGUUCUCGGACGUGUGCAGGGUGGGGUCUGGGGAGAACUGCUCCUCUCCCACACCCCAGGAAGCGCUGCUCCCGGCCGAGGAGCCGGAGCAGGACAAGGAGCACACGUGCGAGACCCUGCUGAUGUGCAUCGUCACCGUGCUGAGCCACGGGCUGCGGAGCGGCGGCGGCGUGGGUGACGUGCUCAGGAAGCCGUCCAAAGAGGAGCCCCUGUUCGCCGCCCGCGUCAUCUACGACCUGCUCUUCUUCUUCAUGGUCAUCAUCAUCGUGCUGAACCUCAUCUUCGGGGUCAUCAUCGACACCUUCGCCGACCUGAGGAGCGAGAAGCAGAAGAAAGAGGAGAUCCUCAAGACGACGUGCUUCAUCUGCGGAGAGAAACCUCGACUGGUUCCCCCGGAUGAGAGCCAUGUCCCUGGUCAGCAGCGACUCGGAGGGCGAGCAGAACGAGCUGCGGAACCUGCAGGAGAAGCUCGAGUCCACCAUGAAGCUCGUCUCCAACCUCUCGGGCCAGCUGUCCGAGCUCAAGGACCAGAUGACAGAACAGAGGAAGCAGAAGCAGCGGAUCGGCCUCCUGGGACACCCUCCGCACAUGAACGCCAACCCCCAGCAGCCCGCGUGAGCGCCGGGGCGGCCGACUCGCCUCCCUGACCCCCGGCGUGGGGGCGGCGCGUCCCCACUCGCCCCGCGCGGCUCCGGCUGCGCCGAGGCGUCUGUAAAUACUCCGUUUAUACUGGAUGUACAUGAUCGCUACUCUCGAGGUUGGAUGUACGUAUUGUAAUUAGAAUUGGCACCGUGACCUUUCAUUUGUGCCAAAAUAUAUUAAAAAUGCCUUUUUUUGGAAAGGACUACAGAAAGCACCUGAUUUGCACUUGAACCAGAGUAUAGAUUUAAAGCUAUAGGACAUGUAUUUUGUAUUUAAAUCUAGAAUAGCCAGUAUUUAUGUUUUUUAUAAACUGUGCAAUACGGUUACGCGAUCACAGUGACUCUGUAGCCCCCCGAGCGUCCCGGAGGGAGCCCGCGUCGUAGGAGCUGGCGUGUUCAUAUUAUGUGAUAAAUGUCUAACGAUGCUGCUGCCAAAAUGUAGUGCCGGGGCACGCAGGCCCGGGCGGCCGUGCCACGGAGGCUCCUGGGGGGACCCCGUUGGCCGUCACUGGUGGCGUCGGCGCCCCACGCCUCCCAAGCGGCAAGUCCGCCUUCGUUUUAAGAGGAGCAACUUCAGCUUCAAAGAUCCUUUUAAGCUUCCAAAUGGAUCGUUUAAACUAUUUCUUUGCCUAAGAGCUAAACUAGAGGCUCAGACGUUAGCUUGUGAAGUUAAUAGACUUUCUUAAAGGGGUCAAUGCAUCCCGCUGGCCAAUCGAUGUCCGCUCCUGGCGAAUGUGGGUGUCGCGCUGUAAAACACGCCAGCGAUGGUCCCUAGAUUAUCUAGUCCCAACGGUAGGUGGUUUUCCCUUCUUCUGAACCUACGUGCUGCGGGAGCUGCGAGGUGUUGCCCACAGAGAGAUGCAGGGGCUCGUCCGUGAGGGCUCCGCGCUGAACACUGACACGUGGUUCUUGUGAAAGAGCCUCGUUUGGGUUUUCUUUCUUUGUCACAUGGAUUCUCCUGUGGGUGGAUGGAGAGUGUGAGAGGAGACUGUUGCUGAGUUUUGUACCUGGAUCUCAUUUUUCAAGAGACUCUUCUGCAAAAAAAAAGUUUUAAAAAUGUGUUGAAAGCAGAGUUCCAGCGAGUGACGUCUGUAAAUGCCUGUGUGAGGAUAAAUAUUUAAUAAACGAUGCAGACCAUG